AUGGGAACUGAAAGGUCCCUUGCGACACUAUUGCGGUCGCUUCAGACUGCAACAUCCCCACAAGAUGCGCUCAAUCUCUUACCGUCAGCUUUGGGUCAUCUAACCUUGCUCGCCAAUCCUUUGAAUGUCACACUUUUAUCUACUCAGCUGCUUUGUUCGGAAUCACUGUGGGGGCUAGCUCCUCUUGAUUUACACUCCUGUCGCCGGAUCCUGAGCGUCUUCAACACAGCAGCAAUCACUAUCGUAAACCAUGAAUCUGCCUAUGAUCCGCACUCCCCGAACCUACAACGCCGUGGGCUGGAGCGAGAAGACUGGCUGAAGGCUGUGGUAAACGGCGCGGACGAGAAGUCGCCACGAUGGCGGCAUCUUCUUCUCCUUGGUGGACUGUUGCUAGGAUUCGAAGGCCAAAAUCGUCGAAGUCUACCAUAUAGUUUAAGGAAAAAGUUGGAAGCUGCUCUGGUGACUGGAAUACAACUAUCCCUCGACGAACUUGCAUCUACUCCAACGAUAGCCGCGUAUACGAUCGUACUUGUUCUAAACUAUACUUUUGAACUACUAUCAGACUGGGAACGUAGCAGGAUCAACUACGACAUCCUACUUCCUAUAAUAGCUGAUGCUGCAUUCCUAUCGCCAGAAGGACUUGAAUCUGGAUACUUUCUCGGCUCUAUCGAUAGAGGAAUCAUGGAAAUACCUGGCCAGGGCAAGUUUGGCUGGCCAGAAAACUCGCCAUCAUACCACCAAGCCAAAGCUAUAUUAGCGAGGCCCUUAGUUGGUUCCUUCGGACCGUUGUCUAGAUUGAUAGCGCAUGCAAUUGAGAACACCAAUAAUCGUGGACAGGUCAUCCAAGUACUGGACUCACUAUUCGAGUUAUCUAGAACACUGAUGGUCCAAUGGCGCCAAAACAAACUGUCGGAAAUUGACCAAUCUGAGGAAUCUGAAUUUCUAGACGCGGCCUCAAUACAGACUACUGUUCCUACCCUCUGGAAAUUACUAAAUAUACCGCUCUUUUCUUUUAUCAUUGUCCUACGCGCGAUCCUCGGAAGAGUGCUUAACGAUCCUAUUCUAGCCUCUGAUAGGAGCAGCCCCUUUAUUGCUUCCAAGUCUCUUAAAUCCCUCCGGCAUCUUGCCUUUAUCACCUCAAGAACCGGAUAUAGCAGCUCAUCGCAAUAUGUCUUUGUUAAUUUGACGGCCAUUGAUAUCCUCGCACAGUAUCCUAACUUAUCAGAGGACUUCUUAGAAGAGAUUCGGCCGUCCGACUCGUCAAAGAUCCCUCCUCAUCCGCUAGACAGAUGUCUAGACCUCUUCUUCCUCAACACAGCUGAGCAUUUCAGUUUGAUAGUAUCGCCUAUCUUAAAUGAGCGUCUCCUACUAUCAGCCGCACAGCCUUAUCUCGCAGCGGGGGGGAACAACCAUUUAUUGGAAAUAUUUGAAUCUGCUCAUAGCGUGGUCCUUGCUGUCCUUGCAGCCCCACAAAGCGCUGAUAUGGCUGCGAAACAUCUCCCAUCCUAUGUCAAUACCCUAUUUACUGUUUUUCCGCAAAAUCUAUCAGCGAGACAAUUUCGACUCGCUUUUAAAACUAUCCUUAAAAUAACAGCUCCCCCUUCUCCUCUUGCUAACAGUCAGCCAUAUCUACCUUCGGUCCUCCUCCAACUUUUAUAUGAUAGAGCUAUAGAUGCACCUACAACGCCACUAUUACCGCCAGCCACUGACUCAACCCCAAACCCAGCAUCAGAGGACCUUUCCGAGCAAGGUGUGCUUACAAUGAGUAUAAUUGAUGGCCUUCCUUUUCUCCGGGUGGAGCUACUCGAAGACUGGUUAGACCUGACUGUUGAUAUAAUAAACCGCAUCCCGGACAAAGACAUGAGGAGAAAAUGCCAAGAGAAGUUCUGGGAUACGUUGAGCAAUGGCGAUAUGGAUGUUGAAAGAGCCAACUUCUGUGUGACGUGGUGGAGUACGCGAUCAGGCAGAGAUAUGCUUCUACAGAAGUCCGAGGAAGAGGAUGCUCAGAUGUUGAGUAUGAGCGGUGGAUUACUCUCACAGCCCUUACAGAUAAUCUUCGACAGUUGA